AUGUACCAAGACGAAAUUCCAGCUCUCGUUCUCGACAAUGGUUCAUGUUUUUCAAGAGCUGGUUUUGCAGGAGACGAAGCACCUCGAUUCAUCAUUCCCUCUCUCCUUGGCACUCGAAAAAAAACACUUUCCAAACAACCUUUGAAUCCACCAACUGAUAUUUAUAUUGGAGAUGAAGCCUCUUCUCAAAAACAACUCCUAGAUCUACACCGACCCAUUCAACGAGGCCACAUUACGAAUUGGGAUCAUAUGGAACAAUUCUGGCAUUAUCAAUUUCAUCAUGUUUUAAAAACUUCUCCGGAGCAUCCUGCUGUUCUUCUCUCCGACUGCAUCACUUCAACUGCUGCUACAACGGGUAAGAAUACAGAGAGAGAACGAACUUCUCAAGUCAUGUUUGAGAAGUUCUCAGUUCAGAGUCUGUGCAUAGCCUCGAGUGCAUGUUUAUCCAUGUUCGGAGGAGGAAGAGGUUCGGGUGUCGUGUUGGAAUGUGGCUAUGAAGUUUCACAUGCAGUGCCCAUGUUUGAAGGAGUGAUAGCAAAACCUCUACCCACGAGCUCAAGCACGACGACGAUUCGAACACUUGAAAUUGGUGGUCUUCAUUUGGAUCAAUACUUGUUAAAAUUAUUAAGGCUCAAGUUGGAGGAGACAAAUAUGCUUCAUUCGAGUUCCAUGCAGCUGCUACCAGAGCUUGUCAUGUCUAUGAAGGAAGAACUUGCUCGUGUGACGUAUUUACAAGGAGGAGAGUCGUCUCUAAAGAGUGAGAAAAAGCCAAUAUUUGAAUUGCCAGAUGGAAACACUAUUGAAAUUGAGAAGGAACGAUAUGAAUGUGUGGAACCAUUAUUUAAUCCUAAAUUAUUAGGUGGAGAAUAUUGUGACAACACCUCUGAAGUUGGUGGUAUUCAAGACAUGUUAUUCAACUCGAUUACAUCAACGAAUUAUGAGGAACGAUAUUAUUAUUAUCGACAUAUUCUUUUGAGUGGCGGAACAACAUUAUUACCUGGCUUUGCAGAAAGAAUCAAAGAGGAAAUUCGAGAAAGCGCACCAUCCGCAUUUAGUAUUCAUGUUUCUGCGUAUCCUGAGCGUAAACUUUUAUCGUGGAUUGGUGGAUCUGUGUUGGCAAGUAUGUCCGUUUUUAAUGAUAAAAGUGUCUCUAAAAGCGAAUUCGAAGAGGAAGGUCCAAGAGUGACACAACGAAAAUUCACAAAUUGA